AUGGCGCUGCUGCGUGAGAAGGGCGCCGACCUCGAUGCCGUCGACCCGAGGGGCUGGGCGCCGCUGCACUUCGCUGCCGAGCAGAAACUGAAGAAUUCGGCCAUCUGGCUCCGCAAGAACGGCGCCAACCUGAAUGCUAGGAACAAGGACGGCAAGACGCCCUUGGACGUCGCCAAGGCAAAGGCAGGAAAGGAUGUCGACGAGAAGGAAUGGGCCGUCGUCGUCCAGGGGGGGAACAUUGCAUUGACCAAUGUCUCGUCUGUAGAAGAUCCAUAG